AUGCGACUUGAUAACGACAAGAAACAACAGAAUCGCCGUCGUAUGCGCGUAGUGCAGCUGCAACGAUUAGUCGAUCGCAAGUUGCAAGACCUGCGCGCAUUUCCAAAAACACCGCCGUCUCCUACGGCUUCAGCGCGCAAGGGUCCUACAUCUCCUUCAAAAUGGAAGCUAAAGGGUGCAGCACGACCAGCCGCGCUUCUAGCUAGAAUUGCAGCUGGAGAGUUGGAUGAAUGUGGUAACGAGUAUCCCAAACCCGUGGAGACUUUCGACUUAUACGAGAAGGCACUCAGGGACGGUGAUUUGGCACAGCACAAGGACAUUGUGGAGUACAUCAGUCUUUUAAAACAGCUUGCGGUAGCGUGUUGCGAGGCGGGAAUGCCUGAUCGGGGCAUCAAGAGCUACGAAUUAUGCAUGACUUUAGACAAAAAUGACACGAUUCGUUCGUGUGAAGGACUUGUAUGUGUAUUGAUUGAUGAAGGUCGUGGAGUGGAUGCUCGGGCAUUAAUUGAGAAGCACAUGGACGAAAAGUCAGCGGUGUUGGCGUAUUGCGAGGUGAUUAUUGAGUACGUGUCAUGGGAGGUGCUCGAGGAAGAAGGAUCAUCCGAAGCGGCUGUGCAAAAGGCUUUACGUAAGGCAUAUGAAUUGAAUCCGUUUAUAGCUGUCGUCAUAGCGUACCACGACACCUUUUUACAAGUUGUAGAAUAUGUGGAUGAGAUAAAAAAUCCAAAGCGAGGAUCCAUUGAAGAAGCGUUUCGUUAUGUUUUGAAGAAUAUUGGCGUCUGGGUGGAUACUGUGGGAGCUUGCCACUGGAUUGAGAAAGAGUUGGAUGUGUUUACUGAGAUCAUUCCAACAAAGGAAGAUGUGUCCGACGAAAUGUACCUUGGUAUGUACGAAACAGCCGUCGAUAUGCACAAGGAACUGCUUGCUGGAGCUCAGGCUGAUGUUGCCGGCGCAAAUGAUGAGGGAGACAGCGAAGAUGAUUUCAACCCUGAAGAAAUAUAG